AUGGCGUCAAAUUUUUGGUCAGAGACCAAAGCCGUUCGAGGCGAUGAAAAAUCUAAAUGGAAAUUAUGGAAAAUUUCGUUCGAUUGGUACGCCAGCAGCGUGGAGCUGGAGAAGCUUUCUGGAAAAAGACACGUAGCCGUGUUCCUUUCCUGCCUGGGCCCGGAAAUAAUAGAUGUCUACGAGAGCUUUGAGCUCACAGCAGAACAGACAGUAGUACUGAAGACUGUUUCAGAUAAAUUCGCCGAGUAUUUCGAUGCACACGACAAUCCAAUUUAUGAGUCGUAUCUUUUCAAUAAAAUCACCCAGGAGGAAGGAGAGACCGUCGGAGCUUUUCUCAUCAGAUUGAGAGCUCAGGCAAAAAAGUGCAAGUAUACGGAGAAUGGUCAAGAGUUGAUUAACCGCCUCAUCAGAGAUCGAUUGAUUAGUGGAAUUCAAUCGGAAGUGCUGCGAACCAAACUUUUGGAGGACAACAAAAUCACCCUCCAGAAGGCAGUUGAUGUUUGCAAAGCCAACGAGGCAGCUGUUGAGCAGAAUAAGCUCAUUGCGGAGAGUGCCAGCGGUAGUAGCAACGAGGUGCAUGUCGUAAAAAGUUUUAGAGCUCCGAAAGAAAAAAUGAAUAAGUGUGCCUGGUGCGGACGUAGUCAUCGGCCUCGAGAGUGCCUCGCCUAUGGAAAAAAGUGUAAUAAAUGUGGGAAAACUGGCCACUUCAGGAGUGUUUGCCGCAGUAAAAGUAACGCCGAUGCCAAAAUGCUUGACCGUGAAGAAGACGAAAGUGAUGACGAAGAAAAAAUUGUUGAUGCUCUGAGAGUGUUCGCUGUGAAUACGUUAUGUCCGCCAAGACGGCCGCAGCAAUCGGUGUGA